GUGAAUUGCUGGGAGCUAUCCACUAUUCUUUCCUUACUGUCUCCCCAAAUUAUGCUUGAUAAGUACAGUUCUUACACUUUACCUGGAUGGAUGAGGCAUUCAUUACAUCUGAGCUAGAGAUCAGACUUGUUUCUUAUAUGUGAUGCCAUUCCAGCACUGGACUCAUGGAGGCUGAACAUUUAUUCAGAUAAGGGAAACCAAGGAACCAAGAGAUUAAGUAACUUGCCCAAGAUCACACAGCUUGUGAGAAUCUUGUGUUUCCAUGUAUUGCAUGAUUGGAACUGUUCAAGGUGUAAAAAUGAACAGAAAAAUCCUGAGUGCUACGUACCCUCGAUGUUAGAGACAUAAUUAGAGUCCAUAGAGGCUACUGUAUUAUAUCGAAGAAGAUGUCUAACAGUAACACUACUCAAGAGACCCUGGAAAUAAUGAAAGAAUCAGAAAAAAAACUGGUGGAAGAAUCUGUAAACAAAAACAAGUUUGUAUCUAAGACUCCAAGUAAGGAAGAAACUGAGAAAGAGAGUGAAGAUACUAGUUUGCGUCAGGAGACACAGGAUUAUGAGUCCCUUUUGGACAAGAGGCGGACAUCCAGCCAUGGUCAUGCCAGGAAAAGAGCCAAGUCUAAUUCCAAGCUGAAGUUGGUGCGCAGCCUGGCAGUGUGUGAGGAGUCCUCUGUCCCUUUUGCUGAUGGGCCACUGGAAACCCAGGAUAUAAUUCAGUUGCACAUCAGCUGCCCCUCUGACAAAGAGGAAGAAAAAUCCACAAAAGAUGUCUCUGAAAAGGAAGACAAAGAGAAAAACAAAGAAAAGGUCCCAAGGAAGAUGCUUUCUAGAGACUCCAGCCAAGAAUAUACAGACUCCACUGGAAUAGACCUACAUGAAUUUCUUGUAAAUACACUGAAAAAGAACCCAAGGGACAGAAUGAUGCUGCUAAAAUUAGAACAGGAGAUUCUGGAAUUUAUUAAUGACAACAAUAACCAGUUCAAGAAGUUCCCUCAGAUGACCUCAUAUCACCGGAUGCUAUUACACCGGGUAGCUGCCUAUUUUGGGAUGGACCACAAUGUUGAUCAAACUGGAAAAGCUGUCAUCAUCAACAAAACCAGUAACACAAGAAUCCCUGAACAGAGAUUCUCAGAACAUAUAAAGGAUGAGAAGAAUACAGAAUUUCAACAGAGAUUCAUUCUCAAGAGAGAUGAUGCCAGUAUGGACCGAGAUGAUAACCAGAUCAGAGUUCCAUUGCAGGAUGGAAGGAGGAGCAAGUCAAUAGAAGAGAGAGAGGAGGAAUAUCAAAGGGUCCGAGAGAGAAUAUUUGCCCGAGAGACUGGCCAGAACGGAUAUCUAAAUGACAUCAGACUCUCCAAAGAAGCCUUUUCUUCUAGCUCUCACAAGAGAAGGCAGAUUUUUAGGGGGAACCGUGAGGGGCUGAGCCGAACCUCAAGCAGCCGCCAAAGCAGCACAGACAGCGAACUCAAAUCCCUGGAGCCACGGCCUUGGAGCAGCACAGACUCUGACGGCUCUGUCCGGAGCAUGCGGCCCCCUGUCACCAAAGCCAGCAGCUUCAGUGGAAUCUCUAUCCUCACCCGAGGGGACAGCAUCGGGAGCAGUAAAGGUGGCAGUGCAGGAAGGAUCUCCAGGCCAGGUUUGGCGCUAGGUGCCCCAGAAGUGUGCAACCAGGUCACCUCAUCCCAGUCUGUCCGGGGCCUUCUCCCUUGUACUGCCCAGCAGCAGCCGCCACAGCCACAGCCGCAGCAACUUCCUGCGCUCCCACCCACGCCUCAGCAACAGCCACCCUUGAAUAAUCACAUGAUCUCACAGCCAGUCCCAGCUCUGCAGCCCUCUCCGCAGCCUGUUCAGUUCUCUCCAGGCUCCUGUCCCCAAGUCCUUCUGCCAGUCUCUCCGCCCCAGCAGUACAACAUGGCAGAUGACCUCAGCAACCCCUUUGGACAAAUGAGCCUUAGCCGUCAAGGUUCUACUGAAGCAGCUGACCCAUCCUCAGCUCUGUUCCAGCCCCAGCUUAUCUCCCAGCACCCUCAGCAGACUAGCUUCAUCAUGGCUUCUACAGGACAGCCCCUCCCCACGUCCAACUAUUCCCCCUCUAGCCAUGCGCCUCCUACUCAGCAAGUCCUGCCGCCCCAGGGCUACAUGCAGCCCCCUCAACAGAUCCAGGUUUCUUACUAUCCCCCUGGACAGUAUCCUAACUCCAACCAGCAAUAUCGACCUCUCUCUCACCCGGUGGCCUACAGCCCCCAACGUGGUCAACAGCUGCCUCAGCCAUCCCAGCAGCCUGGUUUACAGCCCAUGAUGCCUAACCAGCAGCAGGCGGCUUACCAAGGCAUGAUUGGGGUCCAGCAGCCACAGAACCAGGGCCUGCUCAGCAACCAGAGGAGCAGCAUGGGGGGCCAGAUGCAAGGCCUGGUGGUUCAGUACACUCCACUGCCUUCUUACCAAGUCCCAGUGGGUAAUGACUCGCAGAAUGUGGUCCAGCCGCCUUUCCAGCAGCCCAUGCUGGUCCCUGCGAGCCAAUCUGUGCAAGGGGCACUCCCAGCAGGGGGCGUACCAGUGUACUACAGCAUGAUCCCACCGGCUCAGCAGAACGGUACUAGCCCUUCUGUAGGGUUUCUGCAGCCUCCCGGCUCUGAGCAGUACCAGAUGCCUCAGUCUCCCUCUCCCUGCAGUCCACCACAGAUGCCACAGCAGUACUCAGGAGUGUCACCUUCUGGACCAGGCGUGGUGGUCAUGCAGCUGAACGUCCCUAAUGGACCCCAGCCCCCCCAGAACCCAUCCAUGGUCCAGUGGAGUCACUGUAAAUAUUACAGCAUGGACCAGCGUGGGCAGAAGCCUGGAGACCUGUACAAUCCUGACAGCAGCCCCCAGGCCAACACACAAAUGAGCAGCAGCCCUGUCACAUCUCCUACCCAGUCUCCAGCACCCUCUCCUGUCACCAGCCUCAGCAAUGUCUGCACAGGACUCAGUCCCCUUCCUGUCCUCACACAGUUCCCCCGGCCUGGGGGUCCAGCACAGGGUGAUGGGCGCUACUCCCUCUUGGGCCAGCCAUUACAGUACAAUCUGUCCAUCUGCCCUCCCUUGCUCCAUGGCCAGUCGACGUACACGGUACAUCAGGGACAGAGUGGAUUGAAGCAUGGAAACCGGAGCAAGAGACAAGCACUCAAAUCUGCCUCCACUGACCUGGGGACAACAGACGUUGUCCUGGGCCGGGUGCUGGAGGUGACAGAUCUCCCUGAGGGCAUCACUCGGACUGAAGCGGACAAACUCUUCACUCAGCUUGCCAUGUCUGGCGCCAAGAUCCAGUGGCUCAAGGAUGCUCAGGGGCUGCCUGGCGGGGGCGGGGGGGACAACGGUGGGACUGCUGAGAAUGGCCGCCACGCGGACCUCGCUGCCUUGUACACCAUCGUGGCUGUGUUUCCCAGCCCCCUGGCUGCCCAGAAUGCCUCCCUUCGCCUCAACAACUCCGUGAGUCGCUUCAAACUUCGAGUGGCCAAAAAGAACUAUGACCUGAGGAUCCUGGAGCGAGCCAGCUCCCAAUAAACGGAGGAGGGGAAGGGACCGGCACAGUAGGGGUGGGGGCAGGGCGGAGGGGGUCGAGGGAUCCUGACAGACUACGGACAGAGGCAGAAAGAAAGGUGACAGACACUGAACUGGAGCCUAAGACAGUGGGGAUGAAGAUGGAAACAGACACUCACACUGGCACUGGACUCCUCGCUCCCCUGCCAUGGGUCCCUUCUUUUUCCCUGGUUGGCCCCCCUUGCUGCCCUCUCCUUCCCAUCCUCUUCUGUCAUUUUUUAUCUCUUCUCCCACCAUGAAAUUAAUUUUUUUCAUAUUUUUUGGUCAGGUAGAAUUGGGAGGGUCCCAUGCUCCCCUAUUCAAUCUCCUCUACCAUCCCAAGCUCCCUUUUCAUUUCUGGUCUUUAUGAAUAUAUUUAUAUGGACAGAAUUAAGAAAAGCAAAAUUGAUUUCCCCUUUCUCUCACUUCCCCCAUCUUGUCUCCCCAAACCCCAAAGAGUUAAAACUUGGGCCUCCCCCACCUCCCAGAACACUUGUAUAUUGUUUGUUUGAGGUUCGUGCCGCAGUAACAGACAGUAUUUAAUUGCACAUACAGAUGUUUGCUGGGUAUAUUCACUGUAAAUUUUAUUUAAUCUGAUUUUUUGUUUGUUUGGGGGGUUAUUUGGGGGGAGGUUGAUUUUGUUUUUAAAUAUAAAAAAAAAAAUCUGUCACUGGA